CAGCCACCCCAGUACAGACGCCUUUGUGUGCUGCGCUGCGCUGUGCUGUGCGUCCUCUCAACUUCUCAAGUGACCCUCAGCCUCCGGCUCUCACCAAGAACCCACCGACGCCGCCACCACACCUACAUUCCCAAGCCUCUCGAAGUCUCCGGCGCCGACCAGUAGCAUGAAGCGCCUGCUCAGGCGGCUCUCCCGCGUGGCCGCGGCAGACGCCUGCGUCGCCGCCGCCGGCACGUACCAGCCGCUCCGGCCGGACGCCGCGGCGAAGACGGCUGCUUCGGCCUCUUACUCCUUCGGUGCCCGGCAACUUUGCGGCGGCGCGCGCGUGCCGGAGGGGCACGUGCCGGUCUGCGUCGGCGAGGAGGGCGGCCCCGUGGAGCGCUACGCCGUGCGCGCCGAACUCCUGGGCCGGCCGGCCUUCGCAGCGCUGCUCCGGCGCGCCGCCCAGGAGUACGGCUACGGCCACCCGGGCGCGCUCCGCAUCCCCUGCCCCGUGUCCGACUUCCGCGCCCUCCUCUUCCAGCUCGCCUCCUCCUCCGCCGCCGACGAUGAGGCGGCGCUCUGCUACUACUAGGCACCGGCGUCCAUGCCCCGCCGCCGCUCUCCCCGUCCUGCCGUUCUCGUCCGAAACAUUCACGGAUCCACCGCUUUAGCUUCGGAGGGCAGAAUUGAGAUUUGCCCCCUUGGUAAAACGGUAACUGCAGCGCCAAAGUGCUGUGCUGCUCGCUGUUCUGGUCUUCUUACUGAUUUACCCCUGCGUGGGACAUAUGUGCAUAUGGAGGGUUAACUCUGGUGGAUGGGGGUAGUACGGGGAUUUCGCCGCAUUUUCUCCUGCAGCUCAACAGUUUUAGUACCUGCUGUUUGGUGGCAAUUAGAAUUUUUUCCUUUUCUUUUUCUUCCUUGUUUUGGGUGUUCGUCUAGAUCUAGCUCUGGCUCUAGUGGCGGUUGUAGUACUUGCCUUUCUUUUCCUAGGGGUUUUGAGAUCUUAACAAUACAUGUAAACCGCAAGGUUGAUCUCAUUCUCAUACGACUGAGACCGAGGAAAUUGCCAGCGCGAAGUGCCAGUAUUUCUCCUCAAGAUUUAGCGUUGCCAUGCCACCAAUUUUUGGCAA